GUGCAUCUACACUAAUCAGUAGCGCACAGGCAGCCACUCAGGUGACAGUACAGAAAGAACACUCAGGUAGAGAAACCAAGAGAGAACAGACAGAGAGAGAGAGAGAGAAGGGGAGGGAGAGGACAGCAGUUAUACAAGGAUACAAAGGAGGAGGGGGAGAAAGAGGGAAAGUAGGCUGGGGCUGAAUUGAGACACCUGGAGUCAAGUAAAAGCUACUGGACAGACAGGGCUCUGUAUCCCAGGGACAGAUAUUUCACAACAAUUCAAUUGCAACUGCGGCUUGCUAGAAGAACUCACAUUUUGAGAAAGACUGACACAGAAAAGCUCACAGAAAGAUACAAGAGAAGAAAAGAGUGACCGGAGGGACCAGGAGGACAGAGGAGACAACAGAGGAGAAUAAAAAGAUCACAGCACUUUUCAAAGGUCUGUGAGGAUUUCUUGAGCAGUUUCAGGGAUCUUCCCUCCAUCUCUGCAUCAUGGCCUCCAUGGGGAUGCAGCUGCUGGCCAGCGCCCUGUCCCUCCUGGGUUGGGCAGGGAUCAUCAUCAGCUGCAUAAUGCCCAUGUGGCGGGUCACAGCCUUCGUGGGAACCACCAUUAUCACCUCCCAGACAAUCUGGGAGGGCAUCUGGAUGAACUGUUGGGUUGAGAGCACAGGGCACAUCCAGUGCAAACCUUAUGAGUCUGUCCUUGCUCUGACCACAGACCUGCAGGCUGCCAGGUCUCUAACUGUCCUAGCCAUCGCUACAGGCGGCGCAGGCCUCUUUCUGGCCUUCAUUGGAGGGAAGUGCACUCGCUUUUUGGAUAAGGAAGGAGGCGGGGCUAAGGGUAAGGUGGCUAUAGCAGCGGGGGCAGUGUUGAUUGCCACAGGGCUGCUGUGUUUGAUUCCCACAUCGUGGGUGGCCGGGGCCCUGGUGAGGAAUUUCUACAGCGCCUCCACCGAUGCUCAGCGGAGGGAGAUUGGAGCCUCUCUCUAUAUUGGGUGGGGAGCAGCCAUCCUGCUUAUUUUAGGAGGGGGUUUGUUCAUCAGUUCAGCACGCCCCUUCAAAUUCCAUGAUGAAGAAAAGAGCCCCUCUGUCCGCUACCUGGUGGUCCGCUCCACCCCUGGGUCCAACAGAUCAAGUCCUCAUCACAGCAGAGCACCAUCAGCAAGGUCUCAGUCUGUCGGAGCUGUGUUUCCCAGCUCUCAAAGCUACGAUGGCGCAUCAACAAAAUCCCAGCUGUACACAAGACCCCCCUGGGAGGGCAGACCUGAGCAGGGCUCAGGGCAGGAGUCAGAAAGAUCAUGGGUACCAUCAACAAAGUCUCAGAUGAAAAGACUGGGGUCGGCAAAAUCUGAAGACAGUGAGACGCCGUCUCAGCUGAUAUCAGUCAAGAGUGAGACUGAGGAAGCAUCCUCAAAUCCGAGAUCAUACAUAUAAUAUGCGCACACAUACAUAAACACAUGCAAAUACAACACAUAUACUGUAUUUAUGUACUUACAUUACAGCGUGUUGAAAGUGCAGAUGUUUUGAUGAAGAUGUCUGAAGACUGACUGACUGAAAGAACAGUUUGCAGGUUCAAGGUCAAUACCAAUAUUCUAAGGAUAAUCAAGGAGAGACCUUCACUUUGUUUUGGAUAUAAAAGCCGACCUAGAGUUGGCUUUCAUCGUAUUGGACAGGUAAACUAAUAUUAUUGCAAAGCAAGUUAAAUAUAUUGUAAUUUUGUGUUUUAGUUGGCUUAAUUUAAAUAACGUUAGCUUGACGGCUAAUGCCGACCAAUUGCUAACAUUAUCCCUUGCAAAAUACUAGCCGGUAGUUGUAUGGCUUGCUACAUUUAUUAUGUACAUAACAUGACAUACAUAUUAUGUAAAAGUGUUGAUUUCAGCCUGCAAAAAAAUAUGUAACAAUUCAAAGCAAAUGUACAAUAAUUUGUUUCUAAAACCAAUAGUGAUGCAAAGCAGGGGCAGCCAACUAGAUUACCAUGGAUCUGGCGUUAUUUGCUUCGUAACAUUCAAUUUAAAUUAAUUGUCGUUUUUAUCGAUACUCAGACACACAGCUUCUUCGCCGGUCUCAGUCACCAUAAUUUACAUGACCCACACAAUGUACAAUAAUGCAGCAUCACGGUCCAGGACAGCAACACAGUGAAAGACCCAUCACUACAGCAACAUUACUUAUAACGGGCUAACUAUUAUACUAAAGUGUGGCAAUGCAAUCUCAUUUAAAAUAUUCAGUAGCUUACUAAGACUGACUUGGACUUGGGAAUGUAGUGGUUGCAAUCUGAAACCUCAUCGCUAGAAGCCACUGAAAACUACAUUGCCCCUUUAAACAAUAACUUUAAUUGAUUUUCAAAUGUUAAUUUUAAACAUUUAGGCUAAUUGAAAACAUUGUAAAAACAAAUUUUUCAACCAUUCAGUUUGUUGUCGAGUAACAUUUAAAGAUACAAUCCAUUGUGAGGAGAAAGGAACAUCAGUGAAAGUACAGUUAAAAGACCAUUGAUGUUGAACAUACACAUUUUUUGUCUACUUCACAGUAUAAUCUGUAUAAUCUGUAUACAAAAAUGUAAACUAUACAUGCUUAUCAUGCUUGUCAUUGUAAUGAACUUUACUAUGCAGCUAGUGUAUUGAUGCUGCAUGUAGACUGCAAAAUCCCAUAUUUUGAUUUAAAAAGAAAAAGUAUUUCUAAUUCAAGUAAUAUUCUAACAUAUGUCUUAUUAAAAGUACUAAUCACUUACAUUUUGGUUACAAAUGAGUACUUAUCAAAAACAGGAGAAGAAAUAUGCAAAAAAUGUUAUCUAAGUUUUUUGCAACUUCUGGGAUCAGCAGGCACAUAUCACACAUUUGCUUUGAUAACUCAAUAUUGACAAAUCUGACUGGCUUUCGAUAAUAGUAUACUUUAUACUUUAUGUAACAUACAGCUUCAUUGGAAGAAACAUCACACAGCAAAACAUUAUGAGUGUUUUUAUUUGACUCAGAAGUUGCAAGUGGGCUCAUAUGAUACGAGGGCUCAAUGGGUAUAGUUACUCUAAGUAUAGUUAACUUUAUACUCCACCAUAUUGUUUUCAUCAAAUGACUGGUGGAUGGAAUGGUGUGGACAACAGUCAUCAAUAUGCUUGACAAUAGCAGUUAUGUUAUUUACACUAAAACUGAACUUAAAACCAAAUAGAGAAACAAACUAAAUCCAGGUGAAAAUGAAGUAUGCUAUUGUCUUCUUUUUACAAAAUUGAACAUUGUUGGUAUUUAUUUUUGAGUUUGAUGUGUAAAUGUGAGGUGCCUAUUGACUUUUGUUUCUCACUGUUUACGUGCACUUAAUCAGGAUGAAGGAUGAAUCCAUGUGCAUUAAGAAAUGUACCCUCAGCUUGUUUCUGCUGGACAUACAGCAACCUGAAUGCAACAUGAGUAAUGAAGCACCUUGUAGCAGCUAGAUAUUUUGAAUUGAUAGCAUUACAACUUUAUUUUUUAAAAGUUGGCUCUAUGGCCAUGAAAAACACUUGUAAAUAAAAAUGGUCCGUUUUUGUUUUACAUCAGCAGCAAAAUUCAACAGCGGUUCCUGUAAAGAUUUUGCUUUUGCUUUUUGUCACAACUGUGAAAUGUGAUUUUAUGUUUAUUUUAUUAGGACAGGUAUUAUUGACAGAUAUUUGUACAUUUACUUUUAAAUAAAUGAAUGUAAAUUGA